AUGGAGCACGCCCAGCAGGUGAAUGCCCGGAAGAACACCGCCCUCUUGGCAGAGCUGCAUGCUGCGCGCGUUGCCAGGCAGACAGCCCACAAAGGCUCUGAGCACCCAGAGGCCACUGCAAGUGGUGCAUGCAGUCUGCCCACACCACCCAUCAGUGUGCUGACCUACAAUGUCUGGUUUGAAGAGGAGGUGGCACUGGAGGAGCGGAUGGCAUCUAUUGGGGAUGUCAUAGUGGAGACCGGCUUUCCCACUGUCAUAUGCUUGCAGGAGGUGACUGACAGCAUCUUUGCGCUGCUGAGGUCAGCGCCAUGGAUGAGGCAGUAUGAGGCGAUGCCUGCCGGGGGCCAGGCAUACUACACGGCCCUGCUCUAUAAGAAGAGUGCUGUCACUGGCGCGCAACCCUGCCGCCUGCAUCGCUUCCCAGGCAGCAUGAUGGGUCGUGGACGGCAGGAAGUGACUCUGUCCUUUGGGAACAAGUCUUGUCGCUUUGUGACCAGCCACCUGGAGAGCCCCUGUGGCUGGAAGCAGCCCAUGACAGAGCAGCGCUCGCGGCAGUGCCAGACGACAAUAGCAGCGCUGGAUGAAAGUGGGGAAGGGAAUGUGAUCUUUGCCGGCGACCUCAACUGGAUCCCUGCCAACGGGCCCCUGCCGCUCACUGAUGGCUGGGUGGAUGCAUGGGCAGAACUGCGUCCAGAUGAUGCGGGGUAUACCUAUGAUGGGACCAAGAACCCCAUGCUGACCACCAAGCACCGGACGCGCCUGGACCGAGUCCUAGCAAAGCUGAAGGAUUGGAAGCCGGGCAGCAUAGAGAUGGUUGGCCUGGAGGCAAUCCCAGGCGUGACCCGGGCAGUCAAGGUCAGGGGCGUGCCCAAGAAGUUGCCUGUGCUGCCCAGCGACCAUUUUGGCCUCUUCUUCGAGAUGAUGCCCUGCUGA